AUGCCCAGAUUCCCCAAAGUCCCGAGUUCCCCAGACUUCCUCUUAUACACACCCUACGUCCCGCCCAUCGAACCAACCCCCGUGCCCAGCACACCUCCAACAAAAAAGGACCAAUUGGUGAUAGCACUGACCUGGUCCGACGGGGUAAGGAAAUUCAAUCCACGGGCUGUGGAUCGCAAAGUAAGGAUAGCCUCUGACUUCACCCCCAUCGACGGUCACGACGUAAAGACACGGGAAUGGCUGAGAAGAACGACGAAGUGGCCAGCCAAGCUCGCGGAUCCACUAUUCCGUAGUAAAGUCGGUGAGGGACAAUGUAUGAUUUUCGAACUUCCGGAUGGGUACACUCUUUACGAGAGAGUGCAUUUUCCAGAUAAAGUACCUACCCCGCCCCCCCCCCCGCAAUGCUUUUUUCUUUUUUCUUUUCUCCCUUCCCUCCCUAGGAGGGGUAAAUGCCAGGAAGUUUUUUUCCCUUAUUUAAAAAAAAAAGAAUUCUGAGGGGAGGUAGGAGCGUAGGGGAAAGGCCAUCCUAUGAAGCAUACCUAUCUAUUCGGACACCCGUCCGGGGGAACGUUCCGAAGUCCUAAAGAGUUUCAAGCGCACUACCUGUGGAUGGCGUGCGAUCCCAUGAAGGAUCGGAAGAAUUGUGCAUGCAAGCUCUGCGGAAACGCUACGGCGAAGGAGUAG